AUGUCUGAGUGCGAUUGGGCCCUGCAGUUCUGCCUCACCUGCGACAAGCAGACUGAUGAUGGCGCCGCCUACUGCUCCGAGUCCUGCCGCCUGGCCGACUACGAGACCAACUCCGCCUCCAGCUCCGGUCCUAGCUCCCCCAGCCUGAACGGUCCUUCCUUCGACUGGUCCUUCGACAAGCCUACCUCUUCGAGCAACAAGUCCUACCUCUCCCCCGCCUAUACCUCGCAAUCGAGCAGGACAAUUUCUCCCUCGAGCUCGCACACCAGCCUCUGCUCCAUGAAGAGCACAUCAUCGGCGGGCCUCAGCCACAGCCACUCUGGCAUGUCUGAAAAGGCGGCCCGGGAGCUCCAAGCAUACGCCCACUCGUUCGAGUCCGUCAGACUGCAACGCAGGCGAUCAUCCAACUAA